UUCCUUUUGGAUUUUUUCCAAAGUCUAUCGAAUGUUUUGAACCAUGGUGAAAAUAGCAGUACUAGGGUGCGGUCUCAUGGGUACCAAAAUUGCAGGAUGCAUGGCGUAUCAUGGGCACAGGGUGAAAAUCUUUGAUGUCAACGCGUCAGCUCUCGGUACUGUUCAGGAAAUUUUAGACCAGGACAAAGAAGAUUUACAUAGAGAUGGGCUGAUGACACAUCACAAAUUUCUGGGUCAAGUGUUAUGCAUGAGUCGGCUGGAGGACACGGUGGAAGAUGCAGAGUUUAUCUUCGAGGCUGUGAUAGAAGACAUAGAUGUCAAGAAAGAAUUGUUUGAAAGGUUGACUCAGAUGUGUAAACCAGAUGCUAUCAUUGGCAGUAACUCUCUUCAGUGUAACAUUGACGACAUUGCAGAAAGGGCAAAUUGCAAAGAGAGGAUCAUGAACCUAAGAUUUCUCCAUCCUGUAUACACGAUACCUGAAGUAGAGAUUACCACCACCAGACACACAACACCUGAUAAUGUAGAGAAAGUGAGGCAGCUGUUGGAGAAGAUGGGCAAAACUCUCUUCUAUCGGUCAGGCAAGGAACCUCUCAUCCUCUCGGAUAUCCAGAUUGCUUCAAGAAAACUAGCACGUCGUAAGCAGAUCCUGCGGCAGAGAGGCCUUGCAGGAUUUCCACUGAAUGAUGUACCAGGGCUGGGCCAUGAUGGCAACACGACACCCAUGCAAGACGAUGAUUGUGCCACGAGUAACGAUUCCGACUGCGCGAUCUGCAUGGACCGAAAACGCGACUGCCUUCUCUGCCCGUGCCACCAUCUCGUCACGUGCCACGAAUGUGCAAAGUCGCUGGUCAAUCGUCAGGACAGCUGCCCGAUAUGCCGGAAGGAGAUUUCGGAGAUCAUUCGCGUGUACACGGCUUGAUGCAACGUGGCAUGAGAUUUGUUGUCAAACAGGGUACCCCAUUGCCAAGGAUGGUGGCUACAAAAGUACUUGCUGCUGAUUGAAAGAAGGGAGCAAGUAUCGUAAGGUGGCAAGUACUUGCAAUCUACAGUCAAACCUGCUUUAGUGACCACUUGUCUACAAAGGCCACAUUUGUUGUUACCCUUGAAAAUGGUUUCUCAUUGAAUCAUGUACUAAAGGAACCUGUCUACAAAGGCCACUUUUUGUGCUUUCCUUGGGCGGUCGCUAUAGACAGGUUUGACUAUGAAUUUUUUUCGUAGUAUUUUCACCGACCAAAAGUUUUUACCUAGGUUUAAUUUAUCCAGAAUUUUAAGAGCAUUGUUCCACAGACUUAUCAUGUAGAUGUAAAUACCCAGAAGUUUUAAUAGAAAAUGUAGAAACAGUAACUUUAAAUGCAGGUAUGGUAAUACAUCUUGAAUAUUAUAAUGUUUUGUGCAAUAAUGUGUAGAUAUAUAUUUAAUGUAAGGUGUAUUUUUAGGAGUAGUGAAAGAUGACUACUUUUUUAAGUGGGUGGCCUUCUCCAAAAAAAAAGUGUUCCUUCUUUACUCAAUGAAGAACUCAAGACAAAACCUUUUUAUGCCUCCGCUACAAAGUAGCCAGAGGCAUUCAUGUUUUUGGGUUGUCCGUCGGUCCGUCUGUACGUAUGUAUG